ACAGUCAGGUGUGCAGGACUGAGCAUGUGCAACAGAGACUGAAGCUGUACCGAAGCUGAAGAGGACGUCUCAUUUACUGUAUAAAUAUGAACAAAAUUAGCAAGUAUUCACCUUUUACUUGAUUUACUUGAUUUUAUUUUUUUGUCUGUGCAUGAAGACUGCGAAGAUGAAGUGAAUAUUUUAUAUUUUAUACUUUAUACUGCGUUUAGUGGACGGACGCUGCAGUGCUACUCCUCUCCAGCAGGGGGCGACAGGGCGCGUCAUGGACAGCCAGUCUGUGUUUACCUUUAGCACAGUUAGCUCGGAGCUCUGAGAGAUCAGAGGUCAACAUGGUCAGACAGAGCAGGAGGACGGACAGGUGUUUUCUUCCUGCAGCAGGAGGCGGCGUAGCAAAGGUCCGUUUCCCUGUGAAUCCCGGACAGAGGGUGCUGCCUCCGGCUCAGCAGGUGUCAGCAUCAGGCAGCGCCGACAUCCGGCCGCACAGCAGCGCCGCCGCGGCCGCGGGGGAAAAGAGAGCAGCUGAUGAGCGAAGCCAAGCGACAAGCCAGGGUUCUGAUGGAGGUCCAGGAGAGACUCUGAUGAAGAGAGCGAGACAGAACAGAAAUGAGGCGGCGCCGCUCAACAGACACAAAGCCCCCGGGUCACGUGACCCAGCUGCAGAUGGUUCUGGUUGUGACCAGCAGAGAGCAGCCGAGGAGAGCCGAGCAGCUCAGCUGCAGAGCGUGGGCUCCCUGCGGGUCACCAUCCAGCAGAGCAGCGACAGCCGGGAGUUCGGUCCGACCGACCGGCACGGCGCGUCCCUCCACUGCCAUGUCUGUAAUCUCACCUGUCGCUCUCUGCAGGUGUUUCAGGAGCACAUGUCCAGCCGGGACCACCUGAGGAAGCUGCAAAACAUCACGCAGAGCAUCCAGCUGACUGCAGGCCCCCUGCUGGACAGGGGGCGGCGGCCUGCGGCACAGCACUGGUGCGACACCUGCCAGAAGCACUUCACCGGUGACAUCAUCGCCCACAGACGGAUGAAGGAACACAAGGUGUGCAAACAGCAGGGGCGGCCCUUCUGCCCGGUCUGUCAGAGGCACUUCAGGACACCCAGGAAGUUUGUGGAGCACAUGAAGUCUGCGGAGCACAAGCUGCAGGUGCAGCUGGAGCAGGGCAAGGAGGAGGAGCUCAUCACCGUGGACGCCGUGGGGUGCUUUGAGGAGGAGGUGGAAGAGGAGGUCGAGGUGGCAGAUGAGGAGGAAGAUGUGGAGCAGCCCGAGGUUCAGGUGUCAGAGACGAUGGAGCCCAAGGAGCCGCAGGAGGAGGAGUUCGACCCGCAGCAGACCUACGGGAGCAGCUUCGUGGUUCCGGUCCGAGGCUUCGUGUGUCGGCUCUGCAACAAGUUCUUCUACAGAGAGGCGGCAGCUCGCCACGCGCACUGCAGGACGCGCGCCCACUUCCUGAAGCUGCAGGUAACGCGCUGCUGCUGCUGCUGGGAGCACUGGGUCUGCACUUUCAUCCCUUUUCCACUGUUUUCUGUGGCCUAACCAGUGGCUUCCUAAAGUAUUCACCCCCCUGAGUCAAUACUUUGUGGAACCACCUUCUGCUGAGGUUCCAGUCUUCUGGGGUUUGUCUCUACCAGCUUUCAGCAUCUACUCAUUGAUAUUUCUGCCCAUUCUUCUCUACAGACCAGCUGAAGCUCAGUCAGGUCAGAUGGAGAGUCUGUGUGAUCA